AUGGCAGAGAAGAAGCAGCGCGUUGUCUUCUUUCACCCGGAUCUGGGCAUCGGCGGAGCUGAGCGUCUGGUCAUCGAUGCCGCGGUUGGACUGCAGAGCCGCGGCCACAAGGUCACCGUCUUCACAUCGCAUUGCGACCCGCAGCACUGCUUCGACGAGGCCCGCGACGGAACCCUCGACGUGCGAGUGCGCGGCAACACCAUCGUCCCCGCCGCCAUCUUUGGUCGCUUCGCCAUCCUCUGCGCCAUUCUGCGCCAGGUGCAUCUGAUAUUGCAAAUUGCCUUGCUGUCGGAAGAGUUGCAACAGCUGGCUCCUUCGGCCUUCUUUGUCGACCAGCUUAGUGCGGGCAUUCCCCUCCUGCGGCUGCUGCAGCCUCGUCCACGCGUCAUCUUCUACUGCCAUUUCCCAGACAAGCUGCUCGCCAAAAAGGGCGGACUGCUGAAGGCGCUGUAUCGCGCCCCCUUUGAUUGGCUCGAGAGCUGGAGUACUGGCUGCAGCAACACCAUCGUAGUCAACAGCAACUUCACAAAGAGCAUAUUCGCCGAGGCCUUUCCCGGUCUUAGAACCCGCGAGCCUGGCGUCGUGUACCCAUGCGUCGACACAAACCCCAGCGAGCCUGUUGGCCAGGAUGCGCCACUAUGGAAGGACAAGAAGGUGCUGCUGAGCAUCAAUCGCUUUGAGAAAAAGAAGGACGUUGCCCUUGCUAUUCGCGCAUUCGCAGGACUGUCGCCCAUAGAGCGCGAGCAUUCGCGACUGGUCAUCGCGGGUGGGUAUGAUGCACGAGUGCCAGAGAACGUCAGCACAUAUACCGAACUGUGCGAACUCGCCGAUUCGCUCCAAAUCAAACAUGCUACCGCCAAAACGGUCACCGCCGCCCAGAGCAUACCAGACGAUAUCUCGGUCGUCUUUCUCCACUCCGUUCCCAACUCCCUCAAAGCCAAUCUACUAGCGAACUCCCGGCUCCUCGUGUAUACCCCUCUACACGAGCACUUUGGCAUUGUGCCUCUCGAGGCAAUGCUCGUUGGUACGCCAGUCCUGGCGGCCAAUGAGGGUGGGCCCACAGAGACGGUCGUAGACGGUCAGACGGGUUGGCUGAGAGACGUCAGGAAGGUCCAAGACUGGACUGAGGUGAUGCACUUCGCUUUGGAAGACGGCCAUAAUGAACAAAGACUAAAAGAGAUGGGCACCCAGGGCCGAGAGAGAGUCAUAGCAGAAUUCUCCAAGGAGAAGCUGGCUGAACGCCUGGAAAUGGAAAUACAGACCAUGUCGCGCAAGGCUGUCCGCCCGCCGCUGAUUCCCUUGGCUGCAGCUGUUUUGGCAGUGGUCUUGAUGGGUAUUCUCGCAGCUCUGAGUAUGGUGCUCGCGCUGAAGCAAUAAUUUAUUUUGGGGGCAUCAUUCCUGCGUCACUCAGACCUGCCGAGCCUUUCAAAAAAAAAAUACGUCUUUAAACAGUACUUUAUAGUUACAC